GAGAUCAACAUCACACUUGUAAACAUUGACGAGUCUCCUUUACCCUCUCAUACUUGUGGCUCUCACCCGUCCACCCCUGCGGGUUUACCCCCGCUGGUGAUACAUAUCCAUCAAGGUGGAUCACCCUGAAGGAUCUUGAUCCAAGGAACUACAGUCAUCACCCUUUAUUUUACAUCUAAACUGACUGACCUUCAUGCUGUUUGACCCCUACGGGUUUACGCUUCCCAGUGAUACAUAUCACAUUUAAAGAUUUGGUUGAUGUCCGCUUGGAGGACACUGCCAUGCAAAUACAGGUUUCAUCUGUAAAGAAGACAUGGUGCAUUGGCUUACAUCCUAUCUGUGUCAGAUAUAAAGUUAAUCAUCUCAUCAAAAAAGAAUUAUACUUAAUGUCGUCAUCCAGUAAUAUGAAAGUGUUGUAAGUGGCAGAUAUACUGCAGAAACUGUGAACAAUGGUCCAGACUUGAAGCUCACCUAAUUAUUCUGACAAUCGCAACUACAUCUUCAACAACCAGUGAACGUUAGCUCUCUUAUUAUAAUAAAGUAGUUCUUCUUUCAACGAACUGGCCAUAUCCCACCAAGGCAGGUGGGCCCAAAAAGAAAAACAAAAGUUCCUCUUUUUAAAUUUAGUUAUGUAUUCAGGAGAAGAGGUUGCUAGUCCAUUGCUCCCGGCAUUUUAGUCGCCUCUUAUGGCACGCAUGACUUACAGAGGAAGAAUUCUAUUCCACUUCCCCAGGGAGAAAUAUUGUACUUAUGUUAAUAUAACACUGUACAUGUAUUAUCAAUAUCUUUUGCUCUAAAACCAAUUACAUCUUGACAGCUUCCUUGCAUAUGUAAAUAUUUAGUAUUGUUAUUAAACGUAAGUGUAGAGUCUUAAUAAACUGUGUAAAUUUAUUUUGUAAUUUUUUUGUCUAAAAAUAUCAGUAUUUUAUUAACCAUUUUGCAGAAGUAAUAACGAAGGCAACUGAAUGUUAUAUCAUGUUAACAGUUUCCCAAAAUUAUUUUAAUUAAAACACAGAGUUAAAGGUUAGCUGUUACCGUCCUGCCCUGUGUGGUAGAAUUAUUUUUAUACUGUGCACUCACCACAUGAACCCAUUCUCAUAUGUCUAGACCAAUAUUUGCUGCUCAACAAAUUUGUGGACUGUAUGAAUUAAACAUUGUUGUGAACACUGCUGUGAUGUAUAAUAUGCAGAGUUUAAGAGAGUGUGUGCUGUUGUUAUUGUAUACACUCAUGUUGAUGCUCUGCACUGUUGUUAUUAUAUACAUUCACGUUGAUGCAGUGUACUAAUUUUAGUCAUACAAACAAUAGCAGAUAACAAAAUUACUUAAGAAAAUGCUAAUUACUUAAUUGCAGUUCAUAUAAAGUUUAUAAAAUACUAAUAAUAUAUUCCAUGAAUUAUUUAGAAUUUUGCCAUUGGAUUGCUCAUUAUUCAUUGUGCUUAGAAUUUGUAUUAAGUCUGAACAUUAAUUGCAAAAAAAAACUGUUUUUAUUCUCUCAUUUACAAUAUAAGUCAGUAAAUAAUGCUUAAUUUAAAAUUAAAUUAUAUUCUCUAAAGUUUUUAAUAAUUUUUUUAAACAUUAGGUAAUUUUAACAAUAAACAAGAGAUAAUAAUGAGUUAUAUGAACACAAUGUGUUUAAAUUAUCUUUUCCACAAUAUUCUUUUUUUAGAAAUUUUGGAUGAUGUGCAAGAGUUUAAUAAGCAAAAAAAGUAAUAUCAGUACUCAUUAUCUAAGUGACUUCUCAGUUAGGUAACAUAAUGCAGCCCAUGAAAGUUCCUAAUAUAAACAACACACAUGAGUGUUCAGUGUGUUUAAAAAACUUUGUUACAAAAAAAUAUCUUGUACAACAUGUGAGACUUCAUUUACAAGAAAAACCAUAUCAGUGUUCUGAGUGUCUAAAAGACUUUUCAUGUAAAUCAAGUCUUAUACGGCACAUGAGAGUUCAUUCAUCAGAAAAUUUAUACCAGUGUUCAGAAUGUUUAAAAAACUUUACAUGUAAAUCAAGUCUAACAUCACACAUGAUAGUUCAUUCACAAGAAAAACCAUAUCAGUGUUCUGAGUGUUUAAAAAACUUUUCAAGAAAAUCACAUCUAAUACAACACACAAAAAUUCAUUCACAAGAAAAACCAUAUCAGUGUUCCGAGUGUCUAAAAAACUUUUCAAGAAAAUCAUUUCUAAUACGACACAUGACAGUUCAUUCUCAAGAAAAACCAUACCAGUGUUCAGAGUGUAUAAAAAGCUUUUCACAAAAAUCAACUCUUAUGCAACACAUGACAAUUCAUUCACAAGAAAAACCAUACCAGUGUUCCGAGUGUUUAAAAAACUUUGCUUUAAAAAAAUAUUUUAUAAGCCAUAUGAGAGUUCAUUCACUAGAAAAACCUUAUCAGUGUUCAGUGUGUUUAAAAGACUUUUCAUGUAAAUCAAGUCUAAUGAAACAUAUCAGAAUUCAUUCACAAGAAAAACCAUAUCAGUGUUCAGAGUGUUUAAAAGGCUUUUCACAAAAAUCAUAUCUUUCACAACACAUGAGAGUUCAUUCACAAGAAAAACCAUUUCAGUGUUCAGAGUGUUUGAAAGACUUUUCAUGUAAAUCACAUCUAAUACAACACAUGACAGUUCAUUCUCAAGAAAAACCAUAUCAGUGUUCAGAGUGUUUAAAAAACUUUUCACUGAAAGGAAAUCUAAUAAGACACUUGAGAAUUCAUUCACAAGAAAAACCAUUUAAGUGUUCAGAGUGCUUAAAAGAUUUUGCACAGAAAUCACAUUUAAUACAACACAUGAGUGUUCAUUCAGUAUAGAAUCCCCUUGGCAAUGCUUUUGCUUCACAGGCUGAGUGUCCGUGGUUCGAUCCUUGGGAAGGGUAAAAACAUUGGGCAUGUUUCCUUACUCUUAUUGUCCUGUUCACCUAGCAAGCAAGUAGGUACCUGGGUGUUAGUCAAUUGGUGUGGGUCGUAGCCUAGGGGACAAGAUUGAGGACCCCCACUGGAAAUCAGACAUAUAGUCCCUCGAUGAUACACUCACUUCCUUGGAUUGUCCUGGAUGGCUAAUCGGGUUUAAAGAUCUGAAUAAACUCUCUUCUUCGGUUUACCUCUGGCCAACAGUAGCAGCUUGGUAAAUCAGGCCCUGGUUCACCACAAGACCUGGUCAUACACUGGGCUGCAUGGGCGUUGACCCCCAAAACCCUCUCUAGGUAUAUACAGUCUUGCAGAUUCACUUUUAUUCCUUAGCUUGGUAAAGGAGACGAGUGGAAUUCAGAAGCAGGACUAAUGCUGAGUUGUAAAAUUUACCUUUUUAUAGCUUGAGAAUAAGGUCCUUGUUUACACAUUGGCUGUGUUAGGUUUCACCACAACAAUUUACAAAAUGAGCACUCAUACAAUAUUUACCAGUUAACAUUCGCUAAGUGUGUAAAAAGUUGAGCACUCCAUUAUAUUUGUGUAAAUAAUAUAGGAGUACAAUAGUUAAUGCACAUAGUGACCUCAGCACUGUAACUAACACCUAUAGCACCUAUUAACUGACAUGUCCCAGUGUCAUACAUAUAGUGUCCUCAGCACUGUAUGGAAACAUUGGGCAUGUUUCCAUACACCGGUUGUCAGUGUUCACCCAUCAAUAAAAAUGAGUUCCUGGGUGUUAGUCAACUGGUGUAGGUCGCAUCCUGGGACAAAAUUGAUGUAAUUUGCCCAAAAUGCUCUUCAAAACACACAGUUUUCUAUAGUAGUAUAUCACAUAUCAGUUAGGCCUGUAUAUCUUGUACAUGUACUUGAA